UGUACAGCAGGAAUUAUAUUAGGACUCAGCAUAUUACAAAAUGGAAAAAUACCUUACUUUCUAAGUGAUAGUUCCCUGAAAAUUGUUUUUCAUUCUGUUCCUCUGAAUGGUUGUCUUCAUCAACUGCGUCUGGGUUUUGAAAAACUUGGCAUAUAUCAGGUUGGAAUGCAGUUACCAAAUUUCCUAAAUAUCUUCAAUCACAGACAAACCAACCUGACCUUAAGAUCAUUUGUCAACCUAUUUAAGCCCAUUUUCAGCGAGGAAGGCUCCAACAAAAGAAAAUUUGAAAAUGAUGUUUAUGCAGUGUUUGUGAAAUAUCUUAGAAAGGUUGCAAAUGGUGAACGUAGUGGUAUUUCACUGAAUACUAUAUUGCGAUUUGCUACAUGUGAUGAUGAAAUACCUCUUUUAGGCUAUGAAUACUUAGCAAAACCAUCAAUCACGUUUUAUGAAGUUCCUGAAAACAAGUCAUUCUUUCCUACUGCAAAUACAUGCUGUAGUAAAUUACAGUUACCAAGACCUACAAUUGAAGUAGGUCUCCCAGAUGAUGAUACGCUAUUUAAUUUCUAUGACAUGGCUUUCGUUAAUGAAUAUUUUGGACAUAAGUAA